AAAUCGCAAUCCUUGACACUCUACGUUGGUUCUUCUUUGCAUCGCCUCCCUUCACACCUACCUUAAUCUCGUAACAACCUCCCUGAAUCCUCGAUAUUCCCCCCUUUCCGGUUCCAGGUAACAUUUUGCAAAGUUUAAAGUGUCUUCGGAAUUUUGGCCCCUUCACAUGGAGAAACAAGGAGGUGCUGCUGCUGGUUUCAUUGACAUAGACAAGACAGUAGAGACAUUGGAACCUGAGGCGGACAACAGUGGUGGGUUAUAUGUUCCUAAGGAUAAACCCAGAUAUAUUGCUCCGCAGAAGAAAUCUCUUCUAGGUUUAGAUGUCCGUGCUAAUGAAAAGAGGGAAGGUUCUAAGGUUGAUGGUGGAUUCAAGGUCCCACGAGAAAGAGUUGCAUCCAUUGCAGCAUCUAUGGAUGAGGAUGAAAAGAUUGAUUCUUCUGGAAUUGAUGAGGCAAGGAGGGAUGCUAGAAAUGGCAUGCGUAGUCAUGCUAGCAGGCAGUACCGUGAAAAGCCAGCAAGUGUGGAAACAUUUUCAGAGAUUUCUGUUGCUGAAAUUCGAGGUGGUGAUGCAUUCAGAAGUCAUCACUCAAGUAUAGAUGUUGGUUCAGAUGUUCAUACUUCUUCUGAUCGGAGUUCUCGUAGGCAUGAGAGGCAGAGAGGUGGUCAUAAUACUGAAAGAGCAGAUUUCAGGGAUGGUAGACGUGAAGAAAAAGAUGUGAGAGAGAGAUCUGAUUAUGGAAGGGAAGCACGUAGGGAAUAUGGGGAGGAACGUAGUGGAGAAUAUGGAAAGAAGCGGAGUAGACAUGAUGUCAACAGGACACCUGGCAGAUCUGAUUGGGAUGAUGGAAGAUGGGAAUGGGAAGAAACACCACGGCGAGGAAGUUAUUCAAGCUCUAGUAGGCGCUAUCAACCUUCUCCAUCCCCAAUGUUUGUUGGGGCCUCACCUGAUGCUAGAUUGGUUUCCCCAUGGACUGGCGACCACACCUCUCGUUCCACUAUCUCUGCUGCUUCCCCAUGGGACUACACCUCUCCCUCUCCUGUUCCCAUUCGCGCCUCUGGAGCAUCAGUCAGAUCAUCAAGUUCUAGAACUGGUCGCAUGCCUCAUCAUCUUACCUUUACGAAGGAAAAUUCCAGAUCAUUCAAGGAUGGAGAAGCUGAUAACACUCAUCCAGCUGAAGAACACAAUCAUGAGAUUACUGAAAGCAUGCGCCUAGAGAUGGAAUAUAAUGCUGACCGUGCAUGGUAUGAUCGAGAAGAAGGAAGUACCAUGUUUGAUGGUGAUAGCUCAUCAAUUUUCCUUGGUGAUGAAGCUUCUUUUCAAAAGAAGGAGGCAGAGAUGGCCAAAAGACUGGUUCGAAGGGAUGGAACUAGAAUGUCACUUGCUCAGAGCAAAAAGUUAUCUCAGCGAACAGCUGAUAAUGCUCAGUGGGAAGAUAGACAACUUUUAAGAUCUGGAGCUGUAAGAGGUACUGAGGUAGAAACUGAGUUUGAUACUGAGGAGGAGCGCAAGGUUAUUCUACUUGUACAUGAUACAAAACCUCCUUUCUUGGAUGGAAGAGUUGUUUUUACCAAACAAGCUGAGCCAAUAAUGCCUAUAAAAGAUCCUACAUCAGACAUGGCUAUAAUUUCACGCAAAGGAUCUACCCUGGUUAGGGAAAUUCAUGAGAAACAAAGUAUGAAUAAAUCACGCCAACGUUUUUGGGAGCUUGCAGGCUCAAAGCUUGGUGAUAUCCUUGGUGUUGAAAAAACAGCAGAACAGAUUGAUGCAGACACAGCUAACGUAGGUGAAGAUGGUGAAGUUGAUUUCAAGGAAGACGCAAAAUUUGCACAGCAUAUGAAGAAGGGAGAAGCUGUAAGUGAAUUUGCAACAUCCAAAACCAUAGCAGAACAACGACAGUACCUGCCCAUAUACUCUGUGCGAGAUGAUUUACUGCAGGUAAUUCGAGAAAAUCAAGUAAUAGUUGUUGUAGGAGAAACUGGUUCUGGAAAAACAACUCAACUUACACAGUAUCUUCAUGAAGAUGGGUACACUAAGAAUGGUAUAGUUGGUUGUACCCAACCUAGGCGUGUGGCAGCCAUGAGUGUUGCAAAAAGAGUUAGCGAAGAGAUGGAAACGGAGUUAGGUGAUAAAAUUGGUUAUGCAAUUCGCUUUGAAGAUGUAACUGGGCCAAACACCAUAAUUAAGUACAUGACUGAUGGAGUUCUUCUACGUGAAACAUUGAAAGAUUCAGAUCUUGACAAGUAUCGUGUCAUUGUCAUGGAUGAGGCACAUGAGAGAUCUCUGAGCACAGAUGUACUGUUUGGAAUACUAAAGAAAGUGGUUGCACAGCGUCGUGAUUUUAAGCUCAUUGUGACAUCUGCAACUCUAAAUGCACAGAAAUUUUCGAAUUUCUUUGGAAGUGUCCCUAUCUUCCACAUCCCUGGGAGGACAUUUCCAGUCAAUAUAUUGUAUAGUAAGACCCCGUGUGAGGACUACGUUGAAGCUGCAGUGAAGCAAGCCAUGACAAUUCAUAUCACUAGUCCGCCAGGUGACAUACUUAUCUUCAUGACUGGUCAGGAUGAGAUUGAAGCUGCCUGUUAUGCCCUUGCAGAAAGAAUGGAACAGCUCAUCUCCUCCACCAAGAAGGCAGUUCCUAAACUUCUAAUUCUUCCGAUAUACUCCCAGUUGCCUGCUGACUUGCAAGCAAAGAUAUUUCAGAAGGCUGAAGAUGGAGCUCGCAAAUGUAUUGUUGCCACCAACAUUGCUGAGACAUCUUUGACUGUGGAUGGUAUCUUUUACGUUAUUGACACAGGUUAUGGUAAAAUGAAAGUUUACAACCCUAGGAUGGGUAUGGAUGCUCUUCAAGUUUUCCCUGUCAGUCGUGCUGCUGCUGACCAGCGUGCGGGACGAGCUGGUAGAACUGGGCCUGGUACAUGUUAUAGGCUUUAUACUGAGAAUGCAUACUUAAAUGAAAUGCUGCCUAGUCCUGUGCCUGAGAUUCAGAGAACUAACCUUGGCAAUGUGGUGCUGUUGCUCAAGUCACUUAAAAUAGAUAACUUGCUAGAUUUUGAUUUCAUGGAUCCACCUCCACAAGAGAACAUCCUUAAUUCUAUGUACCAGUUAUGGGUCUUGGGUGCACUUAAUAAUGUUGGAGGCCUAACUGACAUUGGCUGGAAAAUGGUGGAGUUUCCAUUGGAUCCCCCCCUUGCUAAGAUGCUCCUGAUGGGUGAACAGCUAGGAUGCUUAGAUGAGGUUUUGACAAUUGUUUCAAUGCUUUCAGUGCCAUCAGUUUUUUUCCGGCCAAAGGAUAGGGCAGAGGAGAGUGAUUUGGCAAGGGAAAAAUUUUUUGUGCCAGAAUCUGAUCACUUGACACUGCUUAAUGUUUACCAGCAAUGGAAAUCAAACCAGUAUCGGGGAGAUUGGUGUAAUGAUCAUUUUUUGCAUGUUAAAGGUUUAAGGAAGGCCAGAGAAGUGAGAUCUCAGUUGCUAGAUAUUCUAAAGACUCUGAAAAUCCCUCUUACUUCUUGUGGACUAAAUUGGGACAUUAUCCGAAAAGCAAUCUGCUCUGCAUACUUUCACAAUGCUGCAAGAUUGAAGGGUGUAGGAGAGUAUGUGAAUGCCAGGAAUGGAAUGCCUUGCCAUUUGCAUCCCAGCAGCGCCCUAUAUGGCUUGGGUGAUACACCGGAGUACGUGGUUUAUCAUGAAUUGAUUUUGACUACAAAGGAGUACAUGCAGUGUGUGACAGCAGUGGAGCCACAAUGGUUGGCCGAAUUGGGACCCAUGUUCUUCUCUGUGAAGGAGUCAGAUACAUCAUUGUUGGAGCAUAAGAAAAAGCAGAAGGAAGAGAAAACUGCAAUGGAGGAGGAGAUGGAAAAUUUGAGGAAGGAGCAAGUUGAGGCAGAGAAAGAAAACAAGAAGAGGGAAAGAGAGAAGAGGGAAAAGCAGCAGCAACAAGUUUCAAUGCCAGGAUUGAGAAAGGGUGUUUCCACCUAUUUGAGACCAAAGAAACUCGGGUUGUAAAUUUAGUCACCCUCUUAAUUCUGUUCAGGUUCCUAGUUUUACUUCUCAACAUCCAAAUAGUGAUGAUUGAAGUCUUGAUAGUAUGUAUACAAGAUGCGAGAAGAAAUUGGAUUGCAAGCAUUUAUUUGAGCAAGGCUUCGUUUGGGUGUCGGCGUUUCUUCACACGACACUUAAUUUAAAAUUGUAAAAUUAUUAUAAAAAAUUAAUUUCAAC